AUGUAUGAGCCUAUCUACUGUGGGAAGCAAAAUAAAAGAACAUUAAGACAUUUUCCAUGUGUUAAUAAGUCUUCACUACUUCAGUUCAUCUUCCAGGCAUUCUCCACUGUUCCUGAGAUACAACAUCUUAUUUUCACUUUCUUUCUUUUGCUCUACCUCAUAAUUUUUUCUGCUAAUAUCUCCAUCCUUUCAAUUGUCUGCAUGGUCAAUUCCCUGCAUACCCCCAUGUAUUUCUUCCUGGCUAGCCUCUCUCUUUUGGAGAUCUGUUAUAUCACUGUAAUAGUGCCUCAAAUGCUUGCUAGCAUUUCUGAUUUCCACAGAACAAUCCCACUGGUGAACUGUGCCAUCCAGAUGUUCUUUUUUACAACCCUAGGGAGCACUGACUGUUUUAUGUUGGCUGUCAUGGCGUAUGAUCGCUACGUAGCCAUCUGCCACCCACUUCGCUACACCCUCAUCAUGACCUGGCAGGUUUGCAUGUGGCUAGUGAUUGGCUCCCUGAUCCUUGCCAUAGUGCUGUGUCUGCAGCUAACCGUCUUGGUUUUCAACUUGCCUUUUUGUGGUUACCAACCCAAGAUCAAUCAUUUCUUUUGUGAUGUACCACCUGUUCUACAAGUGGCAUGUGCUGACACCCAUCUUCACCAAACUGCACUGUAUGGUGUUGUCUUCAUUGUUUUAAUGAUUCCAUUUGUUCUAAUAUGCAUCUCCUAUGUCUACAUUGUGGCUGCCAUUCUUCGAAUUAAGUCCUCAUCUGGGAGGCACAAAGCCUUCUCCACCUGUUCCUCCCACCUGACAGUUGUAUUCCUACAGUAUGGUGUCUGCAGCCUUGUGUAUCUACGUCCCAAGUCCAGCACUUUGGAGGAUGAGGAUAAGAAACUUGCUCUUAUAUAUACCUUUGUCACUCCCUUCCUGAACCCCUUGAUCUACACCCUGAGGAACAAGGAUAUCAAGCAGGCUUUAAGGAAGGUCAUAAAGAAAAUGGUUGCAUCUCAGACUUGA